GCCCAGCUCAGCCCAGCUCAGCCCAGCCCAGCCCCACAGCCAGCCCGACAAGCGCCUCCAAACAUGCUUCAGUUCGUGUGGCAUCAAGUCAAGAGGCACCCAAGCUUGAUUCCUCUGCUUCUUUUCAUUGGAUCUGGAGCUUUUGGUGCAAGCUUUUACGUUAUGCGUUUGGCAAUGUUCAGCCCUGAUGUCAGCUGGGACAAAAAGAAUAACCCUGAACCAUGGAACAGACUUGGCCCUAAAGAUCAAUAUAAGUUUGUAGCAGUCAACGCAGAUUACACCAAGCUUGAGAAGGACCGUCCUGACUUCUAAAUGAUUGAAGAAUGUGAUUUUGCCUUUGUUCCAAUGCAACGCCUAACAUAAGCUAGCUCUGGAAUGCAUUGCUUUAAAUGAUAAACUAUCAAUUGAUCGAUUAUCUAAAAAUAGCCUUUGAAGGGAUUGUAAUCAAUGUAACUGAUUGAAUACCUGAUGCUAUAUAGGUCAAUCAUUAAAAGGCCUUAAAGCUCUCUGAGUUUCGUUCUUUCAGAAUACAUAAUAUAUUUUACUCUCACUCAAGUUACAUGGAGAGAUUAAAUGUAAUAUGUUGGGAUUCGGCUACUUUUGUA